AUGUAUGAUCAUGCUAACCAUCAAAUACAGGGCUUCAAGUCGUACGCCGUCCGAACGGUCAUUUCAGGAUGGGACGAAUCAUUCAACUCAAUCACCGGUUUAAACGGUAGUGGGAAAUCCAACAUUCUCGAUGCCAUUUGUUUCGUCCUCGGUAUUACGAAUAUGAGCACCGUGCGAGCGCAAAACCUCCAAGAUCUAAUUUAUAAGCGUGGCCAGGCUGGCGUGACAAAAGCCAGUGUAACAAUCGUUUUCGAUAAUCGCGAUAAAGCCAAGUCGCCAAUUGGGUUUGAAGAAUAUGGCAGUAUAUCGGUUACGCGACAAAUCGUUCUUGGUGGUACCAGCAAAUAUCUCAUUAAUGGUCAUCGCGCGCAACAACAGACAGUUCAGAAUUUGUUUCAGAGUGUGCAAUUGAAUAUCAACAAUCCGAACUUUUUGAUUAUGCAGGGUCGAAUUACGAAGGUAUUGAAUAUGAAGGCUGUUGAGAUUCUGUCCAUGAUUGAAGAAGCUGCUGGUACUCGAAUGUUUGAGGAUAGGAAGGAGAAGGCAGCCAAAACCAUGGCAAAGAAGGAGAUGAAAGUUCGCGAAAUUGAAGGUCUCCUAAACGAAGAGAUUGAGCCGAAACUUGAGAAACUUCGCGGUGAAAAGCGUGCUUUCCUGGACUUUCAACAGACACAAAAUGAUGUUGAACGUCUCACUCGGUUAGUGGUUGCUCACGACUACUUGAAGAGCAAGGAUCGGCUACAAGUUGCUGGCGAAGAAUAUGAAGCGAAGAAGCAGAAAAUACAGACGCUCGAAGAUAAUGCGACAAGGCUUAAGAACGAGAUUACACAUCUUGAGGAAGAUGUCAAGCGCGUGAAGGCUGUUCGAGAAAAGGAACUUCGUAAAGGUGGCAAGUUUCAAGCUCUGGAAAAUGAGGUCAAGGAACACUCCCACGAGCUGGUUCGAUUAGCCACUGUUUUUGAGCUGAAAAACUCCAGCAUGGCAGAGGAAAAGGAGAAGAGGAAAGCUAGCCAAAAGAGCGUUGCCGAGCUAGAGAAGUUACUCAAGGAUAAGAGGAAGAUUUACGAGAAACUUCAAGCCAAGUACGACGCUGCAAAGGCUGAAUUUGAUGCUCAAACUGCGGAGGUAGAGACAAAGGAGGAGUUGCUUCAGACAUUGCAAACUGGUAUUGCAUCCAAGGAAGGCCAGGAGAAUGGCUAUCAGGGACAAUUGCAAGAUGCGCGCAAUCGAGCAAGCGCUGCUGUAACAGAACAAGAGCAAGCCAAACUCAAGAUGACACAUCUUGAAAAGAGAAUUAAAGAGGAGGAGCCUCGUGCUAAGAAGGCAAAGGAACAGAACUCCGGUCUUUUGAAAGACUUGGAGUCACUCCGUGGACGGGCCAGUAAAUUAGAAGCUGAGAUGUCCAAGCUAGGUUUCGAGCCUGGCAAAGAAGAAAAAAUUUAUCAAGAGCAAUCAAAUUUACAGCGCGCCAUCAGAGAACUCCGAGAAAGAGCGGACGGAAUGAAUAGGAGGGUAGCGAACCUUGACUUCUCUUACUCAGACCCACAUCAGGGCUUUGACCGGUCGAAAGUCAAAGGUCUUGUUGCCCAAUUAUUCACGCUGGACAAGGACAAGACUCAUGCGGGAACCGCUCUUGAAAUUUGCGCUGGUGGUCGAUUGUACAACGUAGUUGUUGACACUGCCGAAACUGGCUCUCAGUUGCUUCAAAAUGGCAAGCUUCGCAAGCGCGUCACCAUUAUUCCAUUGAAUAAGAUCUCCUCCUUCAGAGCCUCAGCCGAGAAAAUAGGUGCUGCUCAAAAAUUGGCUCCUGGAAAAGUUGACCUUGCUUUGUCACUUAUUGGAUAUGAUGACGAAGUAUCUGCAGCGAUGAACUAUGUCUUUGGUUCGACGCUCAUUUGUGAAGAUGCACAAACCGCAAAGACAGUUACAUUCGAUCCGAGUGUUAGGCUGAAGAGCGUCACCUUGGAGGGAGAUGUAUAUGAUCCGUCCGGAACACUAUCUGGUGGCAGUUCGCCAAACUCCAGUGGUGUGCUUGUAGUCCUUCAAAAACUCCAUGAGAUCACGAGAGAACUGCGAAGCAAAGAGCGACAGUUGGCUGCUUUGCAAGAGACUAUGGCGAAAGAGAAAAAGAAGCUAGAUGCUGUGCGGUCUUUGAAACAAGAGCUUGAUCUGAAGAAUCAUGAAAUCAAACUUACAGAGGACCAGAUCAACAGUAACAGCUCAUCAUCGAUUAUCCAUGCCGUUGAAGAGAUGAAGGAACAAAUCGAGCAGCUGAAGAAAGACAUUGCUAAUGCCAAAGCCCGGCAUGUCGAGGCUCAAAACGAUAUCAAGCGAAUUGAGAAGGAUAUGAAGGAGUUUGAUAAUAAUAAGGAUGAUAAACUUGCGGAACUCCAAAGAUCACUCGAUGCGUUGAAGAAGAGUCUCAGCAAGAAUUCUAUUGCUGUCAAGACACUGCAGAAGGAGCUCCAAGCCUCGCGUCUCGAGUCUGAACAGGCUGGAAGUGAUCUUACUGCCGCGGAGGAACAGUUGGCUGAAGCCGAUGCUACUAUGGAAGCUCAAAUCGAGGAGAUUGAGACACUCAAGAAGGAACAAGCCAGGAUCAAGGAUGCGCAUGACAUUGCCCAGGCACAAUUGGAAGAGGAACAAGCAAAGUUGACCAGCUUCGACGACGAGUUAGAUGAUCUCGAACAGGCAAUCCGUUCCAAGAACGCGCGUAUCACUGAGGAGGGUCUCGAGAUGCAAAAGCUAGGACAUCACCUCGAGAAACUUCACAAAGACCAACAAGCGGCAGCACAGAUGGUUGCAAACAUGGAGAGUGAGCACGAGUGGAUCGAGGAAGAAAAAGAUAGUUUCGGCCGUCCAAACACUCCUUAUGAUUUCCGAGGUCAAAAUAUUGCAGAAUGCAGAUCAACACUACGAAACUUGACGGAACGUUUCCAAGGGAUGAAGAAGAAGAUUAACCCCAAGGUCAUGAACAUGAUUGACAGUGUCGAGAAGAAAGAGAUCGCCCUCAAAAACAUGAUGAAGACGGUCAUCCGCGACAAGAAAAAGAUUGAAGAGACCAUUAUCAAUCUAAAUGAGUAUAAGAAAGAGGCUCUACACAAGACCUGGACCAAGGUCAAUGGAGACUUUGGUCAGAUCUUCGCCGAACUCCUUCCUGGCAGUUUUGCCAAGCUUGAUCCUCCAGAGGGUAAAGAAAUUACAGAUGGUUUGGAGGUUAAGGUCUCUCUAGGAAAGGUCUGGAAGCAAAGUCUUACUGAGCUCAGUGGUGGUCAACGGUCUCUUAUCGCCUUAUCGCUUAUCAUGGCACUUCUACAAUUCAAACCGGCUCCGAUGUAUAUCCUGGAUGAGGUUGACGCAGCCCUGGAUUUGUCACAUACACAAAAUAUUGGACGCUUGAUCAAGACGCGUUUCAAGGGUUCGCAAUUCAUUGUCGUUUCCCUCAAGGACGGUAUGUUCCAAAACGCCAACCGCAUCUUCCGGACGAGGUUUAGUGAGGGUACAAGUGUUGUCCAAGCAUUAACACCGGCGGACCUAAAAUGAUCACUGUGUUUCCGUUAAUGGUUCAUCUUUGAUUAUGUCUCGUUUUUCUUGAUGAAUGGGUCUUUUUGUUUGGAUGAGCAAAUUGCUUUGGCGUUAGACGGAUGUCGUUAAUUGUACAUGGACUUUGCAUAUUCAUAUUGAUUAUCAUAUAUCAUAUUGGGACGCGCAAUGAAGAGGAAUGGAUUUCUGGUUAUC